CUACUGUCCGUCAACUGAAAAUCCAAAAAAAAGAAGUAAAAACAGAAAUCUCUUCAGGUCAUUUGCAGAAAACGCUUAAAAGCUUCAUACAAAGAGCUUUCUUCAUCUUGUAGGUAACGUCCUAGAAAAAAGUUGGUGAACUUUUGGCAGUUGUUUUCAAGGAAGAAGCUCAACUGUCAAUUCGAAAUCGCUAUCGAUUUAAACUUUGUUUUGGUUAAAAUUCUGGUAGCUGACGAAUUUUCAGCAUACAGCGAUCGGUCGGUGUUACCGGUGCAGUUUGGAGGUUAUCCUGAAGUACUGCCUGGAUUUAAGGCAGUUUUAAUCCUGAGAUGCACCUUAGAUGGGUUCGUUGACUAUCACUGAGGAACUGUGAACAAGUCAGGGUGAUUAUUACUGGCCAUGGAGGAUAGUGGAAGCAUCACUGAAAUGGUCUUGUCCAAUGGAGAUGCUUAUGUGGGUUGUUUCAAAGGGGUGCUUCCUCAUGGAAAAGGUAAAUACACUUGGUCAGAUGGAUCUGUUUAUGAUGGUUGUUGGGAAGAAGGAAAAAUGACCGGAGAAGGACGGCUUGUUUGGCCUUCUGGAGCUUCAUAUGAAGGUGAUUUCUCUGGAGGUUACCUCCAUGGUUUUGGAAUAUUUAGUGGAUCUGAUGGCUCAAUAUACAGAGGUGUUUGGAGGAUGAAUACCCAGCAUGGAAUAGGAAGAAAGCAGUAUCAGAAUUCUGAUAUUUAUGAUGGUUGUUGGAAAGAGGGAGUAUGCGAAGGCAGUGGCCGAUAUGCAUGGAGUAAUGGCAACAUGUAUAUUGGGAACUGGAAAGAUGGAAAAAUGUGCGGUAGAGGUGUUAUGAAAUGGUUCGAUGGAGAUCUUUUUGAUGGAUGUUGGUUGAAUGGUUUAAGACAUGGGUCAGGCUGUUACCGAUUUGCUGAUGGAAGUUACUACUUUGGGGUGUGGACUAAAGGGCUAAAAGAUGGACAUGGAAUGUUUUAUCCUGCUGGAAGUAAGCAUCGCUUUCUGAAAAAAUGCAGCAAAAGGUAUGAUGAGAAGAAGAAAAGGCGGCUCUCAAAUAUUUCAUCCUCUAAUUCAAAGUCUGUGAAACCUAAAGUGAAGCGUAGUUUUUCGGAGAGAAUCUCCUAUAAUUUACUUAGAAAUUCAGGAAGCAUAUCACAGAGGACUACAUUACCGGGGGAAGACAUUGCUCUCGAUGAUUCCAGUAGAGACAUGAUGGCCUGUGAUUCAUCAAGUGUAUUAUCUCAAAACUCUCUUGAUGACAAAACGGAAUUUCUGGAAACAGGGUCUGUAGCUUAUGAAAGGGAAUACACGCAAGGAGUCCUAAUCAAAGAAAGUAUUAUAAAUAUUAGUAGACUAUCUCGCAAAAGUAAACAGCGGCGUAAAUUUCACGCAGAAGAAGUAAAGAGGAAGUCGUGUGUGGACUUUCUUGAAGGUCGUAAGAGCUAUUAUUUGAUGCUUAAUUUGCAACUUGGUAUCAGGUAUUCUGUUGGUAAGAUCACUCCUGUGCCUAUCCGUGAAGUGAGGCAAUCGGACUUUGGAGAUCAGGCAAGAAUCAAAAUGUACUUUCCCAGGAACGGCUCCCAAUUUACACCUUCACAUCAUUCUCUUGAUUUUUAUUGGAAGGAUUAUUGCCCUAUGGUUUUCAGAUAUUUGAGAGAGUUGUUCAAGCUGGAUGCUGCAGACUAUAUGAUGUCCAUCUGUGGUGAUGAUGGUCUGAGAGAACUUUCAUCUCCUGGAAAGAGUGGCAGCCUUUUCUAUCUUUCUCGUGAUGAUAGAUUUGUGAUCAAGACUUUAAAGAAGUCCGAGCUCAAGGUUCUUCUCAAGAUGCUUCCUGAUUACUAUAAGCAUGUAAAGGAAUAUGACAACACACUCAUAACAAAAGUUUUUGGGGUGCACAGGAUAUCAUUGAAACGUGGAAAAAAGGUACGCUUUGUAGUUAUGGGGAAUAUGUUUUGUACUGAAUUGAGAAUACAUCGCCGGUAUGAUCUAAAAGGUUCUUCUCAUGGGAGAUUUACGAAGAAAGAUCGGGUUGAUGAGACGACUACAUUAAAAGAUCUCGAUUUAACAUAUGAGUUUCAUAUGGACAAGUUAUUACGUGAGGCACUUUUCAAACAACUAUCUUUAGACUGCAGAUUUUUGGAAUCUCAGAACAUUAUAGACUAUAGCCUUCUAUUGGGAUUACAUUUUAGAGCUCCUGAGAAUCUAAUGUCUCUUUUAGAGCCACCUGAUUCUCUGCACAAAUUCGAAACUAAUCCCGAUAACGUUGAAGGUGGGAUAUCUCAGGGGGAGCUCUCAAUUCCACCAAGAGGUUUGAUUUUAGUAACACAUGAACCCAAUUCUGUCAACGUUACACCAGGUCCUCAUAUUAGAGGAAGUACACUGAGAGCCAUGUCCGUUGGUGACCAGGAGGUUGAUCUUCUUUUGCCUGGUACUGGAAGGUUAAGGGUACAACUAGGUGUAAACAUGCCAGCCCAAGCAAACCAAAAAGUCAUGCAGGAUGAUUCAGCUUCAGUCCAAGUUGAACUCUUUGAGGUAUAUGAUGUUGUUCUAUAUCUCGGAAUAAUUGAUAUACUGCAAGAGUACAACAUGAAAAAGAAACUGGAGCACACCUACAAAUCUUUGCAGUUUGAUCCCAUGUCGAUCUCUGCAAUUGAACCCAAGAUUUAUUCGAAACGUUUCCUCAAUUUCUUAGAGAAAGUGUUCCCCAUUGAACCAUGAAAAGUCUAAUAAUUAUCUUGCAAAUAUUCUUUUGCUGUCCAGCUCAGAGGCUCUCCGGUUUUCUUGAUUAGAGCUGGAUUGAAAAAAAAAAGAGGCUUUUCAUGAUUCAUUGAAGAGCAAUUUUAUCACCACUAGAGUGUUCCAUUCUUAAUGUACCGUAUAGUCUAUUUGUACAGUUGACUUAGUUUUGUAGCCGAGAGGGUCUCUCCAGUUAUAAUUUAUCUUGAAGAUUUUUGCUUUAAGCUUCUUAUCUCAAAUCUUUUUGUUUCCUCAUACUCAUAUGGAUGAUGGGUGAUUCUUUGCAUUCCUCUUA